CAUCCCGACAUUGACAACUUAAGGAAACUUCGUGGGGAAAACAUCUACCCCAAGUUUGUUAUCAUUCUACAAUGGUUAAAAUAUUUUGUAAUUUACAUAUAUUGUUAACUCUAAUUAUAUUUUAGUAUUGGGCACUAAAAGUGAGCAUCCAAAUAUGACAACCGUAGAUUCUGUGCCAGUUCUAUGGCGUGUACUUUCUGCACUUUUUUAUGGAGUGGCUUCAUUUCUGAUAACUGUGAUAAACAAAGUUGUGCUGACUACUUACAAAUUUCCAUCCUUUCAAUUUCUGGGUUUUGGUCAGAUGUUGUCUGGUGUAGUUGUGUUAUUUAUUGUUAAAAACAUGGGUAUUAUUCAGUUCCCUGACUUAAAUAAAGAUACUAUUAAAAAGGUAUGGCCUUUACCUUUAAUGUAUUUCACAAAUUUAGUCACUGGACUUGGAGGAACUAAGAAACUCAACCUUCCUAUGUUUACUAUAUUAAGAAGAUUUUCUAUUUUAUUCACAAUGAUAGCUGAAUUUUUUAUACUUGGUGUGAGAGCACGAGGAGUUGUACAAAUAUCUGUUUUUUUGAUGAUAUUUGGUGCUCUUGUUGCAGUAGCAGGUGACCUGACCUUUGAUCUAGUUGGUUAUAUACUGAUAUUACUAAAUGAUCUAGCUACUGCUGCUAAUGGUGUUUUUACUAAGAAAAAAUUAGACGCCAAGGAUUUAGGGAAAUAUGGUUUAUUAUAUUAUAAUUCAUUAUUUAUGGUUUUACCAUUAUUUAUAUUGAAUUAUUUUACUGGGGAAAUUGAUAAGACUAUGGUAUAUGAUAAUUGGUUAAAUCCUAUGUUUUUAACAUGUUUUAUUACCUCCUGUAUGAUGGGCUUUGUUUUAAAUUUUUCUAUUAUUUUAUGUACUGCCUAUAAUUCUGCCUUGACAACGACUAUUGUGGGUGUUUUAAAAAAUUUACUUGUUACAUAUUUAGGAAUGUUUUUGGGUGGAGAUUAUUUAUUUUCUUGGCUGAAUUUCACAGGGUUAAAUAUCAGUGUAUUUGGAAGUUUAUUAUAUACAUAUGUUACUUUUAAAACCAAACAACCGUCCAAAAGCAAUGAAAAAAGUGAACCAGAAGAAAAAACAUCAGAAACUGUAUAAUGCAUUUCAUAACUAUUUCAUUGUUUGUUAUUGUUUGUUAUAAGCCAUGUAUACAUAUACUUGCAAGUAUAAAGCCACAUAUGCAUUUAUUGUCUCUUGGAGUUUAGUGGUGUAACUAUAUUCAUGCAUAUAAGGAUUCAACACCAAAUUUCGUCAAAAUUAAAAAAAAAAAAAUUUCUGUCUUAGAUGUUUCUUCAGAUAUUCUAUAAAAAAUUGAAUUGGUUUGUUUCGAUUUUCUUUAUGAAUUUCUCACCUUGACCCAUAUUUCAUGUAACCAAGCAAAAUCCAUCCCUUAUUUUUGUUUACAAUGUUUGAUCUAUAAAUAAGUCAAGAAAAACGUGUUUUGAUACCCAGUGGUAUAUUUCUUUAAUGUCAAGUUAUUAUAACUAAUGACAAAUCUUUCAAAGAACAAUGAUUUAAAAAAAAAUAGUGACUGACAAAAUAAGAAAAUAAAACGUUCAUUGAAACAACAUAAUAUGGUCCACAUUGAGUUCCAUAGAAUUUUUCUGCUGACAUGGAAUUCGUUAGGUUGUUCACUGGAAUAUGUUCUAGCAGACAACAGUUUGGGAUUAUAAGGAAAUUUGGUUGAUAAACAAUUGUGACAUUUUGUAUAUGUUUCAAAUAGAUAAUAAAUUUGACAUUGCUUUAAUACAAUUGGAAAAAUUCUGCAGGUUGACGUUGUAGAGAAAACUCAUGUUUAUCAAAACAUGCAAAUGUGAAUUAUUAAUCAUUUCUGAAGAUUCAUGAAAUUAGGUUACUUGACUGUAUAUGUAAGUAUGUAGAUACAUAAUAUGCUCCACAUAGACAAAUUCACCAUAUCUUUUAGCAACUGAUUCUUUAUAUUUUCAUAUAUCAUGAUAUAACCUUAUUCCAUAAUAGUAUAUUUACCUUUUGAGGUAUUUAUUCCUGCGAACAAGUUUAUUAGCUUAGGCAUUGCCAAUUGGAUUUAAUUAUGGAUUUAUUUAGUGGAUGCAAUAAAUGUUACUCUUAUCAAAACUUAAUAGUCUUCUUAGAUGUAUCAUUUUAGCUCUGAGUCAAAGAGUUUUUUUUCAUUGCUCUCUAUGAAUUUCAGAGUAAUUCAUAGAUUAUGGAGAAUGACCUUACAAAAUAUAUCUAUAAAUCUAUUUAGUAUCUAAAGAGAAAUUAUGGGUUCGGAAACUAAGUCAUUGUUGCUUUUCCCAAGCUGAAAUUAUGUAAAAGAUAUAUUAGAUUAGAAUAGUUGAAUAGGAAAUACAUAAUGCAUAGAAUACAGAGCAUUGUCUUACAAAAAUUAAAAUUCAUGGCAUGUGUAUUUUUACUCUUGCAAGUUCAUGAUAUUGGAUCCUAUUUUUCACACAUUAAAUAAAUACACAUUUGGAAAACCCAUUUGUUUACCGUAAAUAUUAGAAAUCCAAUUAAUUAGUAAAUAUAUACACUUCACAUUUAUUUAUCUAUCUAUUUAUUUCUAAAUUUUUUCAUAUAAAAUACACUUAAAGAUACAACUGUACACAUAUAUACAUAUGUCUUCCACUUGUAACUCCUUUGAAGAAUGUUCUAAUUUCUCUACCAAUAUUUUGAUAGUCAGUCAUGUAGAAUACAUUUAUAUACUAAGACAGUAAAAACUAUGUGCUAUUACUAUUUUAGUUUAUUUUAAGUUUCUUGUCUUAUUCUAUGAGAUAUUUUAUAUUCAUGUUUUAUGAUUUUAUCUAUGUUGUUAAUCUUGGGUUGUGUUUAUAAUUGGUGGCACAAAUUUCUUAGUGGUCUAUAUAAAUAAACUGGCAUAUAUCAAUAGUUUUAGAUUUUUGAUUGAAGACUCUUAAAAUGGAUCUAAAAAGGUUUUUAAACUGUCCAGAUGUCAAAUUGUGAAAUACUUUUAGGAUUCAUGAACAGCACUUUACUGCUUUUAAUUCAACCAAAUGUGGAUUUGGAAAGUUAUACAGUCAAUUGAUAAGAUAGAGAGACAUUAAUUAAUGCAUUACUAGUUUAAGUAUUAUUUUUAUAUGAAAGGUGUAUUGUUUAGUCCCAUAUAUUGCUACCUAAGAAGCAAAUUUCAAAUCUCACUCUUUACAGUUGAUAUAUAUUAAUUUUAUUAUUUUAAUUGUUUAAUUUUGAUCAUAUUAUUUGUUAGAUCACAAUAGAGUGAAAGGAGAAAAAUAAAAGUUUUGGGGGUUAUUAAAAAGUUUUUUAAU